ACUGCCUGGUGCUUUAACGUCAUUAUUCAAGUGUGUAGAUUACAUCUUUCUCUGUAGCUUUUGUGAGGCCGAGUAGCGAGACACCUCACAACACAAUGUUCAUGUUUUGGUUAUAUUCAAACAAAGAAUCCCGGAUGUUAAAAUGUAAUUUGAAACAACUGUAUACACAACUCUUCUGUAGUUCCAAAUCAUUACACAGAACGAAACGAAGUACCCGCAAAAUAUAUAACAUUCUUGAGAAGGCAAGCCAAGAGAAGAAAAGGAAAUGGAAUUGAAAAUUCUUCUCCUAGUUUUUGCAGCGUCUUCUGUGUGUGGACAAACUCCAGACCUGACCAAUGCCAUUCAGCAAUAUGUUGAUGCUUGUUCUCCCAAUUCUCUAUGCCCCAUUAGUAGGAAUGUCCAUUCUCCGUUGAGAUCAAUGCCCAACAUACCAUCGGCUUGUCCUCCGUGUGAUUGUGACAGCAAGUGUAUCUCGAGAGGAACAUGUUGUCCUGACAUUCUUGUGUCGAGCAAAACUAUCCCAAAGUGUGUUGAUGUCACCGUCACGGGAGAGGAAUAUAAGGAUUAUCGUUACAUGGUGUCCUCGUGUUCCGAAGAGGACUAUUGCACAGAGGAAGCAUUUGACGUCAAAAUAGGAAAUACUCCCGUGAGUUCUUUGGAUACAUUUUAUUCAUAUCAAACGAAAAAACUUGCUGAAAGAUAUGAAAAUCCAAAAUCUUUGAUACAUUGGGGUAUAGAGUUUAUCUGCAAUAAUUCGGUGGAUUUCAACUUCAUUUCGGAAUUUUCUAAACUUUUGGAAACUGUUAGACGAGAGGGCUGUACUGUUAAAUAUACUCCGAGCAACUUAAUAAAAGCUCCAGCAUGCAGUCCUCUAGAUAAUACUGUGAGUCGCUGCAACAUAACAGGGUUAUGGGGAAAAUAUGAUCCAGGUAUCGAUUGGUCAUGUUCAAAUCUCCAUCAGCACUCCGGACUUUUCGAUAAUAUUUUCUGUCGUCUCUGUAACCCAUCAAGGACCUCACAAAUUGACGGGGAUUCUUUGAUAACGGUUUGCAACCAAACUGGACUCUGGUCAAAUUUUGAUAAGGAAGUUGAAGACGCGUGUAUGUCGGGUUCGAAAUCGGAUGUAACCUACCCUUUUAAGAACAUAUUUUGUCGAAUAUGCAAUAUCAACUUUGAUAGCUCAGUGUUGUUUAAAGAAGUGAAAGGAAUAAUCUCAGAGACCGUUGGAGAACAUGGUUAUUUUUAUCACAUCCACAUGACUGGUUUUUCAGAGGAAGAACUAUCUAAGCUUAAAAGAAUGGCGGAAGUGGACGCGGAUUCAAUCAGUUAUUCAAACAUGAUACUGAGAGACGGAGGGUGGAAAAAUAAAUCGAACCUCGUGACACAAUACCAAGCAGUCACUGGAAGUAGCACAUGUGAAACAAGAAUUGCGUCGAGCUGUGUGUGUGACCCAUCAUGUUUUGAAGAUCCAUCGAAAGAAUGCUGCAUUGACUUCCGUCUCCAAUACAGCAUGGAUUCUCCAAAAUUCAAAUAUUCCUAUAAUACUUCAUCACAAAGCCUUGUUGCUAUUUCAUCGUGUAAUGUGAAGAAUGCUUUUACAGAGAAAUGUUUGAAUCCGACUGAUGACUUCCUGGGAUCUUUUCCUGUGACAGAUUUGUCCAUGAGACUGCAUUAUGCAAACGUCUAUUGCUAUCUAUGUAAUCAAAGAAACGCGUCAGAGUUUGCAAACAUUGCAAGUGUUGUUCCGUGGAACAUUACCAUAAACAGUUCCGAAAUACUGGACAUUCAGUAUUACACGUCCAUUAUGGAUGUCGCUAAAUCAGUAUUUCAGUCUAAACAAGAGAUAACACUAGCCCCACAUUUGUCCAGCUGGCCCAAGAGACAACACAAUGGUCUGUAUGAAAGAACUUGUAAUAACACUGGAGUAUGGCAAACGUACGACUUGGAUAUAGUGUGGGCAUGUCAUUCGAUUAAUCUUCCAUUUGAAAUAUAUUACAAUGCCUUUUGCAAAAUCUGCAAUCCUAGUAUCAACUGGCAUAGCAGAUUUGAUAAGUGUAAUGUCACGAGAAAAUGGGAUAUGCAAAAUGACAAAAUUAAGAGUGCGUGUACAUCCUUUCCGGAGAUAAGUGCUGCGUUUCCUUUUAAGAAUCAGUUCUGUAAAUUCUGCAAUUCUCCAUCAUCAACUUAUGUGAUUCCAACUACUCAGAGACCUAAAGAAUUUGGGGGGAAACCGGCAUCUCUUCGUGAUAUAUUCAGCGUUUUCAAAGGACAUGAAGAAAAGAAAUGCAGCCCACUUUAUGUCAAAGAUUCAGAGGAUACCUGCAGAAAAAUGAGAUGUUUUCCGGGGAAAAUUCUGACGAAAGACGGUUGUAUGCCUCUGCUUCCGGUGACCAAAAAUUUGAAUUAUACAAUUUAUUUCAGUAUUUCGAUACCAGAAAACGUGUCAUAUGAUACAAAUGAUGUUAAAGAAAGUAUACGUGACACCAUCAAGGCAGUUCUAAAUGCUUCAGAGGUCACAUUUCAUCAGAGAAUCAAAAAUAUUACGAUAGAUGGUGACAAAAUAAUUGAUAUUGAAAACAAUUUCUUUGUGGAAAGCAUGCUGUGGAGGGCAGAAUCGGAAAGAAACCUUGUGGCGCUCGGGGAAAAUCCUAUGGAACACUUAAAAAAUCUACAUUUCUUAAAACCAAACAUUUCCAGAUUUCUAUACGAGCCAGAUUAUCUAACAGAACCAAACGUCGUGUCCCAACCGACUGGACCCUACCGCAAUGUGAUAGUUGCUUCAAUAAUCACCUGCAAGCAAAUUGAAUUAAACGAAUAUGAAAUAGAGGUUUUAGACAGCAGUCGAAAGAAGAUCAGGAUUAUUCAUUCGCAGACUGAAUUAGAACAAAGUGAUUACUACAUCACCGCACAUGGUGCCUAUGCUGUCUGUUUAGACGUGUUUUGUGGUGAAUCACUGUGUAAUAGCAGCAAUGCUUUAUCGGAAUCUGAUCUCCAAAACGCUUUACGCAUAUUCACAAUUGUGUGCACCGUGCCCUCUCUUCUAUGCCUUAUGCUAACAUUUACUCACUACUGUCUCUUCAAAAAACUACGCACAACAAACGGAAUCCACGUCAUGUCCUUAAUUGUUUCUCUGUUCUUCUCUCAGUUUUUCUUCCAGUUUUUCCUUAGAAAAGAUUUCCAAGGCGACUCGGGGUGUAGAGUUGUAGGUAUGAUAAUUCAUUACUGGUGGAUGGCGACAUUUUGUUGUUACGCUCUGAAUGGAUAUCUUAUGUUCAUGACAUUCAGGGCCAGUAUUGCAUUCCAUUCUGACGAUAAACGGGUUUACAAACGAUACUUUCUCUUUUCGUAUGGGAUUCCACUAGCUGUAGUUCUGCUUACAUUAUUUAUGAACUUGUUUGCUUCUGGAGAUGCAGGAUAUGGUGCCGAUGCUAUAUGUUUUCUGAACAAUGCAGCAUCUUUGAUUGUUUCAUUUGUGUUAAUCAUUGGUACAGUCUGUCUGUUAAAUAUUGCAUUCUUUUCUUUUGUAAUGUACAAAAUUCUUUUGCACAGAAGACAACAACAGAAUCUGGGAAUAAACACAACAGAUAGGGAUAUGAUUUUUGUUUUCUUCAAACUAUUCUUCAUCUCGGGUCUUUCUUGGGUGUUGUUUUUGGUUGAUGCUUUUAUUCCGGAAGUCACUUUCUUUUCAUUUGUCGUCACAUUUGUGAAUUGUUUACAGGGCGUCUUGUUGUUCUGUUUAGAAGUAUGUAGUAAGAAAUCUAGAGAGAUGUACAAAAAUUUCAAAAACUCCAGGCGGCAAGGACGACCUCGUCAAACAUUUUCCUCCAGCAAAAGAAGUGUUUUAAAGGCUGCAAGACAAGCCUCCUCCCGCUCCGGCAGUCAAGAGUACAUUAAUACCUCUUUUACAAGCAUUGACGACGUUAGCGUUACCGCAAGUACAUAGCAUUGUUCUAUAUUUAUACCACGAACACUGGUUAGAACACGGGGUAUCUUUGCAGUUCAAUAAACGAUGGUGUAUUGAUUAGAUUUUAUUACAUAUACAUGUAUAUAUAAUGUUUCACAAUUCGAAAUAUAAAAAAACUAGAUAUUG